AUUUUGAAAUUCAUAACGAGGCUGAAAUGUAUUGAUACGUGCGACAGGUGUGUUCCGUUGAAAUAUAAACGUAUUUUCUAUAUUUGAGUAGUAGAUGGCCCUUGAAGACGAAGACCAGCACAGUGAUAAUGGUGCUGAUACUGACAACGACAAUAACAAUGAUUUCUGCAUUUCACCACGGGAAAAGCCAAUGAUCCAUCCUGCUGUGGAGCCCCCACUCUGUGAGGCAUGCCAGAAGCAGGAAAUGGUAUUCUUUGACCCCAGUUGUCCAGGGUGCCUGGAUGUGGUGAUGAACCCAGCAACAACCAUAGCAGAGAUAUUUGCUAUUCUCAGACAAUGGACUCCGCAAACUCAACAGAAUGUGGAGUUGUUUAUCAAAGAGAUCAUAAAAAGGGGAGCUAACAUCAAUGACCAUGACGGCUUGACUGAUAUGACCCUGCUUCAUUAUGCUGCCAAGUCGGGGACAAGUGGCAUAGGGGACGUCAAGGUAGCCUGCAGUGUGGUCAACUACCUGCUGGACAAGGGGGCAGACACAAACAUUAGAUGUCGGUGGACAGCUAUGACAGCUUUACACUAUGCAGUCUACUUUGAUGUGGCACCUGUAGUGAAAAUAUUACUGGAGGCAUCAAAGGCUUUGGAUGUGGACAACCUUUGUGCAGAGUUUGAGCAGGGCACACCUCUGCACAUUGCGGCCACCAACCUGUCCCUGGACUCUGCUGGUGUUCUCCUGGAGCAUGGAGCCAAUCCUCAGGCUAAGGACAGUCUGGGGAGGACAGCCAUUGAAUGUAUCCCUGAACUGAGCUCUCUGGAUGGCAACCAAGAGUUAGGGAAGAAAGCACUGAAGCUAAGGAAGAUGUUGAUGGAGGCAGAGCCCACAUUACCCAAACUACCACCUCCAAACUAUGACAGCAUACAGAGCAAAGUUACUUUGCAAGCAAUGGGAUUGAAGAUUGGGGAUAAGAUUGUAGUAGGAGGAGUCAAGACUGGCUUCCUAAGAUACUGCGGUCCAGCAGAGUUUGCUACAGGGAUUUGGGCUGGUAUUGAGUUAGAGGAGGCAGAGGGAAAGAAUGAUGGAAGUGUAGGAGGAAUCUCAUAUUUCAAGUGUUCACCUAAGCAUGGUAUAUUUGCACCAAUUUCAAAAAUCUCAAAACCAGGCGUUACCACUCCUAGAAGUGGUCGCCUUACACCAGGCAAGAAAAAUAUCAACUAUGGUACUCCAGAUCUGUCAAGGGUAACAUCUAAGAUUGAUACAGGCUUAAAGACCAAGUCCAGAUCUGGAACACCAUCAGAAGGAGGUGAAGCAGAGUUAGAUGACAGGGUGAUAGUGGCAGGACAGAGAAAGGGCACUGUCAGAUAUGUUGGAGAAACCAAGUUUGCACCAGUGUGGUAUGCAGUAGAUAUAGAUAUAGGUGAACCAAAUGAAAGUAAACAAACAGAACAGAAAGGUAAUUUUAUGUGUCUGUACAUUGGAGUAGAGAGACCAAUUGUGCCUCCCAUUGUUCAUAGAUACAUAAACAUUGUUGGAUCUGAACUAUGUCUUCUUGCAUGGGAAGUGAUAGAGGAAAUGGAAACUGUAUACUACAUGCAUUUUGAUACUGAGAAUUUUAAUACAUCAGUUGUGUGCACUGCAUGCCUGUUGUAUAUGGUGGACAGUACCUAUGAUACCGGUAUAUGCCAAUCUUCUGAUUUUGUUAGUUUUUAUUGUCAUGGUCCCUCUGUUGUGGCAGUGGUAAAUGUGAUGUUCAUUGGUUAAUAUUGUAAUAGGGCGAGAGAUUUUCAGCAGGGCAUUGCAGACUGCAUCUGGGGUUCAGUGGCUUUUUGUGUUUUUUUCUACUGCACAGACGUUUAUAAACCUUAAACAGGCUUGCAUGUUGGUGUGGAUAAAAGUUUAAUACUGUGAUAUAGGUGUUACAUAUGGAAUGCAGCAUUGUUAACAGAUAAAAGUACUUGAAAAUUAGCCAGAACUGAUUUUCAUUCUUAUUUUAAUUGCUGAUGCCCAUGUAUGUACAUAUGAAUGCCAUGAGAAACAGAUGAACUGACAAGGCAUGUCCAGCUAUUUAAACCUUUUUUGUAUAAUAAAGAAACAUUUACACAUUUGUGCAGGCUCAGUCCAUCACUUGCAUGGUCAUGUA